UUCUUUAAUUGUGACGUAAUUUUUAUUUAGGAAUGAUGGACGAUAGGAGACAUUUAAGUUGGGAUCAUAGCAAGAUCUUGCGGCAACUUGGGUUUAUUAGGAUUGUUCGUUAUCAGCCAAUUGGCCAGCCACAGGACAGGUUCAGCUGGUUUGAAUUUGCAACACUGAAAGAAGAUGUUACAUGAUUAAUGUUACGUGGACAAUUAGUGUACACAGUGCUGGCUUACCAAAGAUAAACCUUCCGCAAGGACUGAAUUGAUGGUCUCUUCUAAGUAAUCGACUGCUGCUUCAUUUUUCAAGAGAGGUUCGACUGUCACUGAGAAAGAUCAUUUAUGAGUUAGACGUGGAACAAACGUGAACAAGAAUAAUUAUUGACGACUUGAAUAAGACAAUCAAAUGGCUGAACAAUCAAGUUACAUUGUCAGCACUCGAGUCAAGGCACAAAUGACUUACGUUCUGGGAAGAAGAAGUGAAUCUCCCUCUCCGCAUCUUCUCUCGUGCUACUGCCAUGUACAGCAUUCUUAAAAUCCUCGCCUCUUCUGCCAUACCUCGCUCUGAUGCUGUCAGGAUAAUACAGUCGAGCUUCUGUGACCUGGGAAAAUGAAAGAACAUAAAUUACACUCAACGAAGGACACUGUGGAAGAGAAAGAAGUUUAUAAAGUACCUUAGUCGGCCCCAUAAGUAACCUCCACUCUUCCACGCCACGACGUUUCGCCAGAACGUGAACAACAAUAGAACCAGACGCCAUGUAAGCGACUAAGUGCGCGAAAUUCAGGUGGCCAUAUCUGUCUGAAUAAAAUUCGGACACCUGUUCCGGCGUUAACUGGAGCCACCGCGUCUGAUAAAUCUCGAACCCUUCUUCGAAGAUGCGUCGCUCAAUUUGCUUCCUGAAGACGACCGCUUCCGGUUUUAUAAUUGCCAGAGUGCACUCGAUGUCUGGCACCUCUUCGACUUCCUCUUCGCAGGCGCAUGGCUCGAAGGACACCACAGGAGGCUGCCAGGGCUCGUCGUCUUCCCCAGGAAGACACUCGCACUCUUGAGGACUGACAAACUUGUACUGUCAACGAUGACACGAGGAUCAUUUUCCAUUUACAAGGAACCACUGGAGAAACUAGUUUCCUAUUAAAUCGCCAGACUUUUGUAACAAGUAUUCACCGUUCUCGUGUCACUGGAAGAGAUAGAACUAAUCGAAGACACAUUAGUGGCGUGACACAUGGUCAAUCCUAGAUCAGACUGCGAGGAAUCGGCCGGACACCAGUUAUCUUUAUCAGAAACCGCGUCGCAACUCGUUUUUCCGGUUAUAUCUUUUGCAGAACGACGAUCUGAAGCUGACGGAAGUUGACGGAAGCAUUUUCGCGGCAAGUGCGACUGAACGGGGGCCGGAAGUCGUCGAGGACGAGACUAAGGAAAGAUUUUUUCAUUCCGCAGCAGAUAGAGGAUUAGUUGCGACGCGCAUUCGUAAAACUAGCAUCUCGAUGCCGAGCAAUUUGGACGAAAUGGAGGACCUACGGAUCGACAGGCAGAAGGGAACCGCGUCCAAGUUCACGAGGUCCGAGAGCGAGGACAGUAGCAGCGUGACGUUCAGCAACAGCGGCUCGACGCCCAAUGGAAGCCCGCUUGGCUCGGAAACCGAGGAGGAGGCCAACGACGAAGAGCUUGCGAAAGUGCCGCUGCAGGCACCUCCUCGACGGAAAACUAGAACGGUGUCGCCGAUGAUGAACCAGAAGUUAGGGACCGAUCAGCUGGAGCUGCCAGGUGCGCAGAGCGCGAACUCCACGAUAACCAGCGUGAACAGCAUCAGCAGUUUGCUCAAAGAGAAGCUGCAAAUGUCUUUGCCGCAGGCUUUGCGCAGCAGCAAGAAGAGACAGAACGCCGACUAUCGGCUCCGAGCCUUCGUUGGUAUACUGUUCCUCUGCGUUGUUUUUCUCGUUGGGUUCGCACACAUUUAUUACACACAGCAUGUACUGCAGCGUGCAUAUUUCGACAAGUUCAGGUUCAACAAGAACGAGAGAAUGAUGCACGUGUACAGUAGCACAGGGGCGGAAGUGAUAGCAGCCCGAUUAGGGGAGGGGAUUCCACCGGACACCGGGGUCUUUCCCUGUCUGCCUCAUCAUCAGAAACCAGACUCGGUGUGUCUGGAAUGGUUGCAACAAACGCGUCUCUAUCUGGCGCAUACGCGACACGAGGACAUGAAUUGCUACCAUGUUACCUGGCAGAGUUUGAAUCCGUUCCACAAGCCCACGGAUUGCUUCGAUUGGUCUUCGAAGAGAGGACACUGGUACGGUGCAGGUCAAGUGCAGAGCAUGCCGUAUCCCCUGGAACGCGGACGUCUCGAUCUUAGCCCAUUCAUCACCGGUGACAUCGCCAAGCAUCCGUUCGGCAACGUGCUCAAACGUUACUUCCUGAACUCGAAGGGCGCGACCAUCCUGGUGGACCCUGAGACGCCACUUUACGUGUCCAUCAAGGCGAAUAAGAGCGAUGACUUCUGUCUGCAGGCUAAACACGACGCGUUCGCCUACAUCAAUCACCUGACCCCGUUGCCUCAACUGAACUACACAAUUUGCGCAACGGAUAACAUGAAGAACCUCCAUUCCUCCAUGGCGGAGAAGUCACUGUGGGAUGGACUGAAACCAGACGAGCUCCACGCUGUUCAUUCCUUGCUAUCUGAGCCUGUCUGGCAAAUAGUGCCCACCAACGAAGCUGCCAUCUACAAUUAUACGGAAGACGUGAUCGCCUUGGGAUUCUUGAGGCAGGGACACGUGUUGCUGAGCGGGGAAUGGCAGCCUAGCACCGGUGACUUCAUACUGGACGAAGAACGGUUCCCCUCGAUGGAGGAAACGAUCAACAUCAUUCACAGGCGAGGCUUUAGAAUCGUGUUCACCAUACAGCCCUUUAUAUCUACGGAGUCUGUGAACUUCAAGGAUGCUGUGACAAACAGGCUGUUGAUCUCUGAGAGGGGAAGUGAUCCCAGGAUACCCGCGUUAACCAGGUACAAGCAAGGCAAUAGCGUAGGAGUCCUAGAUAUCACAACGAACAGAACUCUCCCUUGGCUGCAGUCCAAACUCGAGAGUCUGAUCAUGAAAUAUCACGUCGACUCGUUUUACUUGGAUCUGGGCACCGCGCAGGACAUGCCACACUACUACAAAUGCGAGCAGCCGUUGACCAAUCCGGAUCAUUAUAAAACUCUGUUCACCAAGGCAAUCCUGGGCUCUGUGCCAGUGAUCGGUGUCUCAGGAGCGAUUUCUCGGCCCCGAGCGCCGGUCUUUGUCUCCUUGCCUCCGUUCUCUUCCUCGUGGAGAGCUAUCAAAACCGUCAUCCCCACCGUCCUGACUUACGGAAUGAUAGGCUACCCGUUCAUCAUGCCUGGAGCCGUGGGCGGAGACGUAUCCUUGCCUAUGUCCGAUAAUAAUCCAGACAACGACUUCGAAGUUAGUUUACCCGACAAAGAGCUGUACAUCAGAUGGCUGCAGAUGUCCACCUUCUUGCCAGUGAUUCGUUUCACCCACUUGCCUAGCAAAUACUCGGACGAAUCUGUCCUGGAGAUAGCGAAGAAGCUGACCACUCUAAGGCAAAAGACUGUGACACCGUUGCUGAAGAAGUACGCUAAGGAGACACUGGACACUGGUCUGCCUAUAAUCAGACCCCUGUGGAUGUUGGAUCCAGCGGAUCCUGCGUGUCACGUGCUCGUAGACGAGUUCUCUGUCGGCGAGGAACUGAUAGUUGCCCCUGUCCUCUUUUCUGGCAGCAGGCAGAGGGAAGUUUAUCUACCAGCUGGAGUCUGGAGGGACGGAAUCGACGGCAGUCUCAGGAAAGGGUCUAGGUGGAUCCACAAUUACAGGGUAGCCGAGGACAAAGUCGCUUAUUUCGUGAAAAUGCCAGACAAUACGAGGUUCUGAGCACUCUUGAGAACUUCUGGGAAGCAACUGUUUCAUUUGAUGCAGGGUUGACAGUGGGAUUAGAAUGGCCGAGAGUGUCUGUCAAGUAUUUUAUACUUUCAAGACAGAAGAUGGAAUCAUCUACUAUGAUUUUCAUAGAAAAUGUUCGAAGAUGGAUAGACUAUGAAGUCGCUGGGACUGUGGAAAUUCUUCGGGCACGCGUGGACAUGUCCGGCUAGUUGAAUCGUUCAGUAGACACUGCUGGUAGUAGUUGUUAAGAGCCAUGCGAAUUUCGAGCACGCUAAUGCACAGAAAGUAUUUAUUUCUUUAUACUUAGGAAAUAUAUUUAUUUUACUUUACACCGUGUGUCGUUCAUUCCAGCGCACAUGUGUCGUCCGUAAAUCGCUAGGAAAAUAUAUUGUAGCAAAGAAAUGAGUCAUCUAAAAGUAUGAUCCGGAGAGGAAGUCCGCGUUACCGUAAUACUCGAGCCUCUCAUUAUUCGUGCUACACGAGAUCUCGAUGUGGUUCGACGCGCUCGGUAAUUUCCAUCGGUCAUGGAAUGCCGGUCUCUAUUUCUCUUCGUGUUGCUGUUGCUGUCGAUCCUCGGCUCGUUGCUCGACCGCUGCCGCGUGCUGCUGCGGCGCGGACAUCGACAGUCUGGGCGAGUACGAGUCCAAGAAUUUCUGCAGGUUGCAGAGCUUGCUGCACAUGUUUUGGAUCCGGUUCAUAUGCUCCCACCGUAACAUCUUCAACUGCUUCAGGCAUUCGGCGUUCAGGCCGCGAUGUGUGAGAAGGUCUUUCGUGGACUCCCAACAGUCACCCUGCAACGCGUGCAUGAUCUCUACACAAGGUUCUUGCUUCGUUAAUCCACGAUUCGAGUCGCUGUUCUAGAAAAGCAACGAGAACAGAGUAGAAAUAAUUGCGAAACGAUUAUUUUUUAAUAAGAUUGUUAGAUCCGUUACCGUUUUUCAGAGAUCUACGCUACGUUAGACAUUUAGUACUAGAUAAAGAAAAUAUUAAUGACUGAACCUUUGGUUGAUCCGUCGACGAACCAAAGUCCUGGCUAAGAGCCUCGUCGAUCAAGCCAACGAUCAGGUUCUUAGUAGCGCAGAGAUUCAGAUCACCACCAGCAUAGAUGUUUUUCUUUAUCUCCGCUUCCCUGUCUUCCUCCUCUUCUACGAUCUCGUUCUUAUUCUUUGAAUCUUCCUCGCCUCUGCCGACGGUAUAUUUCCGAACAGUAGACCGUUUGCGUGGUUUGUGCUUAAUCGCAUCUACGAUGUCUUGGUUCGCUAAAGGCCUGUCUUUCGAGUAAUCUGGAAU